AAAGAAUUCAAUUUAAAGUUUUUAAGAAACUUUUAUAUUCUGUGAUUUAACCUCUUUGAUUUAACCUCCAAGAAGUUUGCUUGUAAUAAAUUGUAAACAAAAAGAACAGAUUGUGUUGAAUUCGAUAUGGAUAUACAAGCCAAUAUUCGAAACUUCAAAGACUUCCUCCAACUAUACAAUCAGAUGACAGAAACUUGUUUCAGUAAAUGUGUAGACAAUAUAAAUUCUAGAAAGUUAGAUCCUAACGAAAUAGACUGUAUAGAAGAUUGUUCUUCUAAAUUCAUUAAAUUCAAUCACAGAUUGAUGGGUACUUUCAUGGAAGCUCAGAGUAUAAUAGUUAAUCAAAGGAUCAAAGAUGUUGAGGAACAACAAGCAAAACUAGCAAUGGAAAACAAUGAUUAUUUGGCAAAUACAAAUGUUCAAGGAUUAUCUGCGAAUGCCUAAAGAAUUUAAAUGAUAGAGACAUAGUAAUAUACAGAACUGUUUUUUUAAUCUUGAUUUUUCAAUGACUUGUUCUAUUUCUACAUUGUUAAUUAAGAUUAUAAAUACCUUUUUAGA